AUGCCCCGGCGAGCCUCCACCCCUCAGCGACUCCCGACCUCCCACCCCCCCGCCUCCCUCACCGCCUACCCCCCGCACCUCCCCCGCCUACCCUCGCCCAGGGACCCCCCCCGACACUGCGCCAGCCCCGAUCCGUCCCGCCACCACCACACCCACCCCCCGGCCGCCCCCCCCCGCAACCGACCCACCUUAGCAACACGCCCCGACCCCCCCCCCCCCACCACGCCAACACCCUCGCUUCCCGACCCUAGCCCCCACCACACACCCAGCCCCACCCCAGCCCCCUCCCGGGCCCACCCCCCCCCUCACCCCCCCACUCGACACCUUGCCUGCGCCCGCCCCGGCCAGAGUGGCCGACCCCCCCCCAAUCCACCGUCCACGCUUCACCCUCACUCCAAUCCGCCCCUCCGGCCACCCCCCUAA